GACAUCUGCACGUAUAAGAACAAGCCCUGCGGCACGCUGGGCUUGGCCUCCGUGGCUGGGAUGUGCGAGCCGGAGAGAAGCUGCAGCAUUAAUGAAGACAUCGGCCUGGGGUCGGCCUUUACCAUCGCCCACGAGAUCGGUCACAAUUUCGGCAUGAACCACGAUGGAAUUGGGAAUUCUUGUGGGACCAAAGGUCACGAAGCUGCAAAGCUCAUGGCCGCUCACAUCACGGCCAACACUAAUCCAUUCUCCUGGUCUACCUGCAGCAGGGACUACAUCACCAGCUUUCUAGAUUCAGGCCGCGGUUCUUGCCUUGAUAAUGAGCCUCCCAAGCGUGACUUUCUUUAUCCAGCUGUGGCCCCAGGUCAGGUGUAUGACGCCGAUGAACAGUGUCGCUUCCAGUACGGAGGAACCUCCCGCCAGUGCAAAUAUGGGGAAGUGUGUAGAGAGCUCUGGUGCCUCAGCAAAAGCAAUCGCUGUGUUACCAACAGCAUUCCUGCCGCGGAGGGAACCCUCUGUCAGACGGGGAGCAUCGACAAGGGGUGGUGCUUCCAGGGCGAGUGCGUGCCCUUCGGGACGUGGCCGCAGAGCCUGGACGGGGGCUGGGGCCCGUGGUCACUGUGGGGCGGCUGCAGCCGGACCUGCGGCGGUGGCGUCUCCUCGUCCCUGCGGCACUGUGACAGCCCAGCACCUUCAGGUGGUGGAAAGUAUUGCCUUGGCGAGAGGAAACGAUAUCGCUCCUGUAACACAGACCCCUGCCCUUCAGGCUCCCGGGAUUUUCGAGAGAAGCAGUGUGCAGACUUUGACAAUAUGCCUUUCCGGGGAAAGUAUUAUAACUGGCAGCCCUACACGGGAGGUGGAGUGAAGCCCUGUGCAUUAAACUGCCUGGCAGAAGGUUACAACUUCUACACCGAGCGCGCUCCCGCCGUGAUCGACGGGACCCAGUGCCACGCCGAUUCCCUGGACAUCUGCAUCAAUGGGGAAUGCAAGCACGUAGGCUGUGAUAAUAUUCUGGGCUCCGACGCCAGGGAGGACAGAUGCCGCGUGUGUGGUGGGGACGGAAGCUCGUGCGAAGCCAUCGAAGGGUUCUUCAAUGACUCACUGCCCAGGGGAGGAUACAUGGAAGUGGUGCAGAUCCCAAGAGGCUCUGUUCACAUUGAAGUGAAGGAAGUGGCCAUGUCCAAGAACUACAUCGCUUUGAAAUCGGAAGGGGACGAUUACUACAUCAACGGAGCCUGGACCAUCGACUGGCCUCGCAAGUUUGACGUGGCCGGGACUGCCUUCCACUACAAGAGGCCGACGGAUGAAGCGGAGUCCUUGGAAGCCCUGGGCCCGACCACGGAGAACCUCAUCGUCAUGGUCCUGCUGCAGGAGCAGAAUCUGGGGAUCCAGUACAAGUUCAACGUGCCCAUCGCCCGCACGGGCAGCGGAGACAACGAGGUCGGGUUUGCGUGGAGCCGCCUGCCCUGGUCGGAGUGCUCUGCCACCUGCUCCGGAGGUGUCCAGAAGCAAGAGGUGCUGUGCAAAAGGCUGGAUGACGACUCCAUCGUCCAGAACAGUUACUGUGAUCCUGACAGCAAGCCCCCCGACAACCAGCGCCACUGCAACGCCGAGCCCUGCCCGCCGGAGUGGUUCAUCGGGGAGUGGCUGGAGUGCAGCAAGACCUGCGACGGCGGCUCGCGGACGCGGACGGUGCUCUGCAUCAGGAAGGUCGGCCCCUCCGAGGAGGAGACGCUCGACUCGAGCAGCUGCUUGACCCACCGGCCCGUAGAGAAAGAGCCGUGCAACAACCAGUCCUGCCCACCUCAGUGGGUGGCUUUAGACUGGUCAGAGUGCACGCCAAAGUGUGGCCCCGGCUUCAAGCAUCGCAUCGUGCUGUGCAAGAGCAGCGACCUGUCCAAGACGUUUCCCCCCGCCCGCUGCCCGGAGGAGAGCAAACCGCCCGUCCGAAUCCGCUGCAGCCUGGGCCGCUGUCCCCCGCCCCGCUGGGUGACCGGAGACUGGGGACAGUGUUCUGCACAGUGUGGACUCGGGCAGCAAAUGCGAACGGUCCAGUGCCUGUCGUACACCGGGCAGGCGUCCAGCGAUUGUCCAGAGACGGUCCGGCCCCCGUCCAUGCAGCAGUGCGAAAGCAAGUGUGACAGUUCACCCGUUUCCACCACCGAAGAGUGCAAAGAUGUGAACAAAGUGGCCUACUGCCCGCUGGUGCUGAAAUUCAAGUUCUGCAGUCGCGCCUACUUCAGACAGAUGUGCUGUAAGACCUGCCAGGGACACUGACUGCCCACCCCCGUCCCCCUUCCCCCGCCCCGAGCCC